CCGUAUAUUUGUUUCAAAGGAAUAAUCACGGAGAUUAAUCUCAGCAAUUCGUGUCAUACUGGAAAGUUCUGUUUGCCGGGUGGCGGCGUUUAUGUUCUCAUCAAUAUGAGCGAGUCAGUCAAGUGUAAUAUUCUUUAAAUGUGAUUAAGAGGGCAACCCCAACUCGUUAAGAAGCUUCAAGAACUUCUCGCUUUCUUUUCAGCCUCUGAAAACCACAUACUCCACGCUGGGAAAAACGUACACCUAACCGACAAGAAACAGGAGAGGUUCCACAGAAAAUCGUUCAAAUUAGAUUGAUUGAGGCAAGGAAGAAAUAAGUGAUUAACAUCACUAGAGAUGACAUAUAACGACAAUUUCUCUCCGCUACUAAUCUUCUUUUUGUUAUUUUACGGCACCGUUUUCAUUGUUUCACUUGUGGGUAACAUAUGGGUUUUGGUGACAUGUUAUCGGAACUUAAAAAGAAAUCAGUUUCCUUUAAUGUGGUGCGUGGCCAACUUAGCAUCUGCGGAUCUUCUAUUUACUUGUCUAACUCCUUUCAACGCCAUUAGUGUUGUGUGGCGAUGGGUCGGCGGCAACGCAACAUGCAAACUUCAAGGAUUUCUCAUCGAAACGAGUUAUAGUUCUUCAAUCACAACCCUUGUAGUUAUAAGUUACCUUAGACUCAAAGCUGUAACAGAUCCCUUCAAUUCUAGGAGUGGAAGAUUCUCAAGUAGAGAAUAUAUGAAACUAGUUACCAUCUGGUGUAUUUGCCUGGUCAUCUGCUUACCAAUAGCACAUAUUUACAGAGUCGAACCCAACGAGGAUGGCAAACUUGUGUGUGCCAACACAACAUGGGGGAGCACUGGAAGGCAAAUAUACUACACUGUGCAUGCAAUAGUUUUCUUCGUUAUUCCAUUGACAUAUAUGAUUGUCACGCAACGAAAAAUUUCUCGCUCUCUUCGAGCGAACAUUGUUCCAAUGCGCAACUCGCAUAUCAUGAAAUCAAACCAAAGACAAAAGAGAGUUGCUAAGACACUUGCAGCUCUAUCUCUUGCUUUUUUUAUGUGUUGGUCUUCAUUUAUGAUUCUUAGAACGCUGAUGUACUUUAACCUGGCUUCCCACGGCCUGGGUUGGAGAGCGGCUCAACUUAUGGUAUUUCUCAAUACGGCGCUCGAUCCUUUAUUAUACGGCUAUUAUGGGGGAAAUUUAAAGUCUAAAGUGCGCAGCAUUCUGCGAUGCAAUUACCAGAACAGGUUGAACCGCGCCGAUUCCAUCGCUUUGACAGCGUCUCACUCUGGCCACUCACUAGGUAUUCGAGAGGCACAUUCCACAGCCUCGAAAGACUGAACAUGAAACAAAAAUUACCUUUAAGUUAAAGAAAAUCGUUAUCAUCGAUAAGACUUAACUUUUUAAAAGAAUACAUUUAAUGAAAUACUUACCUAUAUGUGUACCUGCAUUUAAAGUAAUUGAAAUUGAAAAUGGUUUAAAAUGAAAAGUGGAAAAAAUUCAAGCAAAUUAGAACGAAUGGCAAAUUUAUGUCUUUAAUCGAUGUCUUUGUAAAGGGAGAAGUAAAAUGAAACAGACCGGUAUUUGCGUUUUUGAAAAAAAGAGUUAAUGAUAAAUGUUUGUAUUAAUCACUAAAUUCCCUUAACCUUAUGUGACCACGGCGGCAAGGAUUAACCCCUUCAUAGCAUGUAUUAUAUCAAACAGAAGGUAAAAAAAAAGUUUUCAGGCUGUUUUCAGCAUUUAAAAACGAACAACGGACAUAAGAGCAGAAGUGUGUGUGCGUGCGUGCGUGCGUGCGUG